AUGCCCCAAAAAUAUAUUCUGCAUAAAGAGGAAGACCCAGUACUCAGGGAAACACAGACCCCACUGAAGCCAAGAAACAAGGCCGAGUUCUCCAUUCAAUCUAUGACAGAACAAAAUGCAGAGCGAUAUUGUUGUUACUAUGGCAGCCCUACUGGCUGGUCUCAGUGCAGUGACACCAUGGAGCUGGUGGUGACAACCAUCUACAACAGUAAACCGAGCCUGUCAGGCCUGCCCAGCCCUGUGGUGACCUCAGGAAUGAAUGUGACCCUCCAGUGUGUCUCACAACAUGGAUAUGACAGGUUCAUUCUGACCAACGAAGGAGAACAGAAGCUCUACAGGACCACAGACUCACAACACAUAUUGACAGGUCAGUUCCAGGCUCUGUUCCCUGUGGGCUCUGUGACCCCCCAAAGCAGGAGAACCUUCAGAUGUUAUGGCUGUUACAAGGGAAAGCCACAGGUGUGGUCAGAACCCAGCGACCCCCUGGAAAUACACAUCUCAACCUCACAGUCCCAGAAUAACACAGUGGAGAAUCUCAUCAGGAUGAGCGUGGCUGGCUUGGUCCUUGCCCAUCCUCAGGAUUCUGCUCUUUGA